CCUGAUAGCACUUGCCGUCAAUGCUGCUCUUGCGAUGGGCCUUCUGUUGGCUGCCAUUGGCAGUCUUACCAGCAUCUGCAGAUUCAGAAUGGCUCUUGCAGGCACUGGGCGGCGGCCCGUCCAUCGAAGACGCCCUGCAGCGAUUUCUGCAGGAUACCCAGCAAGUGGAGUAUGGCGAGGACGAGGCUUGCGAUGAGCCGCAAAAGGAUCAGCAGGCGCCGCGGCCUGGCGCGGAGGAGUCAGCACUGUGGCAGCUGGCGGAGGGCCUCCGGGACUGCGGGGUCAGGAUGCCGAGCCUAUGGCCCAGCAGCGAGGCUGAGUGGCAGGCAGUUCAGCAGCAGUCUUCGGAGUACCUUGCCGCGCUGGCCGAUGUGCGGGCCGACGAUGCGAGCCUCAUCUGCCGGCGUUUCCGCGCUGGUGAGGUGAACGACACUGAACAGAGGCCGCGUUGUCCCAGAUGCGGCCGCGCUGUUGCCGUCGAGAAGGCUCUGCAGGCUUCUCUGCAAGUGCUGCGUCGGGAUCUUGAGGAGGAGGUCCCUUCCUGGGAGCCGGAGGCCUUCAUCGACGUCACUGCGGCCUGCAAGGACGAGCGCGAACCUCUUGCUGCAGAGUUGCUGGCUGCUCAUGAAGCGGGUGGUGUGGCUGCCGUGCUGGCAGCUUUGGGUGAGAUGCCGUGUGAGCCCUGCCAGCUGGAAGCCACGGUAGCCCUGGAAGGCUACCUCUCGGCACUGGCGCUGCUCCGCUGCGCGCCGUACCUGGAGGAGGUGGCAUCCACCCUGGAGCCCAAGAUUGCGAAGGCGUCCGAAGUCUUGGAGGUGGCGCUGUGGCAAGGUGUUGGCUUUCCCAGCCUCCAUGAGGCGGCCAGCCAGGCCGUGUUUGCACUGCGCCGCAGCCGGCGCUUCACGAGGCCUCGGGCCUGUGGGUUUCGGCUGCUGCGCCUGCCGGGAGAGGCGGAGGGCCUGGCGGAGGAGGCGCAGUGCCAGGGGCCGGCGCUGAGCGUGGCGUUGUGCUACCUGCGCUUGGCGCAGCGCUUGGAGCCGCCGCUGCUGGCGGCGCAGGCGCAGGCGCUGGCUGCGCUGUGGCUGCGGCAGGUUGGCAACGACGCCGCCGUUCAGGCUGCGCAGCUAACAGCAGAAGCUGCCUAUCGCUCGGCCAGGUCGAAGCUGGCUCCGGCGGCGCAGCUGCUCGUGUUGCAGACCUGCCUGGAGGCGGUGGCUGCGCGGGGCCGCGCCCUGCGCCUGGCCGCGCCGCUGCGGCGACGCCUCGGCGCCUUGGCGCGGCAGCUGCCGGCGAGCGCCGCCCCGGCGCCGCGGAGCCUGCGGCAGGCGGCGGAGCUGGCGCCGCGGGCGGAGCGACUGCACUUCAGCUUUGCCCAGCUUCUGCAGACAGUUAGCACCAAGGAGCUGCCGGAGGCCGCGGAGGCGCCGCUGGGCCUCUUCGCGGCGAGCGCCGCGGAGAGCCGCGCGGGCGAGGCAGGCUUGCUUUUCCCAGCAGCUAUGCAAGCGCUGCAGCAGGCACCUGAGCUGAUCGAGCCCGUCGGGCCGCCCACGGGUGCGUCCAGGAAUGCCAACGACUUGGUGGAGGUCUUGGGCGUGCGUUUGCAUGAGCGCAGCGGCUUGACGGAGGUGCUUCUGCGCAGGAUUUCCUUUGAAGAGUUGCCAGAGCAAGGCCUGGAGGAGUUCCUGUCGCCCGGGCAGCUGGUGGAGCUGCUGUCCAGCGAUGGGCCGCUGGGAGCCGAGCUUCUGGAGCCGGAGGGGUUCCACCCGCUGCGCCGGGCGGUCUUCAGUGGACCGCGAGGCCUGCGGCGGCCGCUGGGCCGCGCGCUGGCGGAGCUGCAGCCGCUGGCCGCGGAGGUGCCUGUGCAGCUGCGGUGCGAGCUGACUUUCCAGGCCCACGCGAGCCACGGCACCACCACCAUCCUGCUGUCCGAGCCGCGGUUGGUGGUGGGGAAGGAGCCAGCCGCCAAGCUGACGCCUCAACUUGGCACUAUGCCAGGACUCGGCGCCCUGCGGGCCUUCUGCGCGGCCCGCGCCGCCGCGCGCCUGGCGCAGGACGCCGCUGUUGAGGCGACGGAGGUCUCCGCGCCGGAGAGCGGCACGGAGAGCGGAGCUUCAGCACCCGCGAGGCUUAUGAUUGAAGGCCACUCCUCUGCGAGACACGAGGUGUGGCUGCAGCGCCUGGCGCGCUCGCACGAGGCGCUGCUGCGGGCCCUGGGCUUCAGCAGCCUCGACCCGGGGAGCUGCUGGGACGGGCAGAUGUUCACCUUCGCAGCCUGUUGCAGCGUGGGAGAACAUCAAGACAGCUGCUGGCAUGGCGGGUUUUCCGAGGAGAGGUGCUGCCAGCCGCUGCGGGCCCCCGAGCUGCUCAGCGAGGAGGCUCUGCAGCUGGCGCUGGCGCAGCUUGCAGGCCACUGCGCGAGCCCGGCGCGCGCCGCCCCCGCGGUGGCCGCGUGGCUGCGGCAGCCCAACGGCCGGGGCGCCAAAGCGCUGAGCGGCCUGGCAGCCGAGGCCCUGGAAGCAAGCGCAGGGUGCGUGGAGCCGCCGGAGCUGCAGGAGCCCGCCGCUGCUGAGCAGCAAGGAGAGCAAUGGCUGCCAGGACCCAGCGGAAGGGGGAAGGCCUGCAGCAUCUUCUUAGAGCCCGAGCUGCGGCCGGGCGCCGUGGAGCGCGAGCUGGACGCCAACGGCCUGGAGGCGCUGUCGCUGGCCGCGCUGCGGCGCCGCGCGGCGGAGCCGGCGUUGGCGCCGGAGCUGGCGGCCAAGGCCAAGAGCGAGGCCCAGGUGCGAACCCUGCAGCGCCUGGAGUCAGUGCUGAAGAAGCUGCAGUCCAAGCAGCAGGGCCGAGAGACGCGGACUGCCACAGGACCAGAGAGGUGCUGCGGCUCCUGGCGCGCAGGCGGAGAGCUGGCGAAGGGCCAGCGGCUGCGGGUGCGGCAGGAGGGCAGCGAUGAGCUGUGGCAAGAGGUGGUGCUGUUGGACCUCCUGCGUCUGGUGAGGAAGGAGGGGGUGCAGCAGUUGCACCUGCAGGCAGUGGUAUCCAGGGAUGCCACCGGCGCCGGCACCUCUCAGGUGCUGUACCGGGACCUCUCGAAGGGCUGGGAGGUGCAGGUGCUUGAGCUGCCCGCAGGCUGCAAGGUCAACAGCUGCUCCGAGGAUGAGCCCGAGAAACUCCGAUGGCCCGACUGCAUCGGCCAUGCGCAGACGAUCCGUGGAGUGGCGGGUGCUGGGGUCUUUGUGAAUCUAGCUGCCUUCGGCAUCACUGACGGAUGCUUCCGGGAUGACUGUGGCUACACGGAUCACUUCGCCUCUGGCUCUCCAGCCACCUGCGCACGUACGUGUGCAUCGAUCCGGGCUUGCAGAUGGUGGUCUUUCUGGACCUCCCGCACUGGAGGCACCUGCUGGCUGCGACGACACGACCAGCAGCGUGACACCAUGGUGGAGUCCAUGACGGCCUCCUCAGAGUGCGUGCCGCCGGCCACCGCGCCGGCGCGGCAGACCUCGGCAGAGCCCACGCUGUUUCAGCUGGCAGCCGGCUCGAUGCUGGGCCCUUCGGCCCCGGCGUUCCAGUGGGACCUCCCAAAGGUUUUGGAGGAAUUUGGACACUUGACGCCUUCUCAGAUUCAGCUGCGGGAUUCCUCGCCCCUCCGCUCCUCUGCGUUGCGCUUUGCGCGUCGAGCGAAGGAAGCGCGUCCAGCCUGAGCGGCAGGGUGAUGCCCGCCACAAAAACAGCGAGCACCUGGCAUGCCGGAGGUAUUGCACAUGUUCGAGUUCCC